GGGGGAAGGGUUGGGUUGAGCGAUGUGGGGGGCGCUGGGGAGGUUCUUCGUGGCGCAAGCCCCGGCCCGGCGGAUCGUUCUUCACACCGCGUCGGCGGCUGCAGGAGCCUUCACCGUAGCCCACGUUACCAUGGCCACCCACUUCUCCAAGGAUCAGGAGGAGAGAAUCAAGUGUGUUAAGGGGGACCUUUUCUCAUGCCCCCAGACGGACUCAUUGGCUCAUUGCAUCAGCGAGGAUUGUCGCAUGGGUGCAGGCAUAGCUGUUCUUUUUAAGAAAAAGUUUGGAGGCGUACAAGAGCUGUUGGAUCAACAAAAGAAGACUGGGGAGGUGGCGGUUCUCCAAAGAGAGGACCGAUACAUUUACUACCUGAUUACAAAGAAGAAAGUUUCUCACAAACCAACAUAUGAGAGUAUGCGAAAGAGUUUAGAAGCCAUGAAAGCUCACUGUCUAAACAACGGAGUUACUGACAUUUCCAUGCCUAGGAUUGGAUGUGGGCUUGACCGCCUGGAUUGGAAUAAAGUUUCAGCAAUACUUGGAGAAGUGUUUGAAGACACAGAUAUAAAGAUCACAGUUUACACUCUGUGAGCAAAAGAGUUUAAAGAGAACCCCAUUUCCCUUGCUUUCAGGAGUGGAAACCUGUUAACUGGUGAGGGGGGAAACUGCAUGCUGAGCACAUUCUUCGUCUGAGCGUAGCUCACUCUUGUGUUGGCAGUGGCUUUUAACAACAAAAAAACCAACAACUCCAGAGCAGCUAAUUUGGGAUGUGGUGUUCAGGGAGCCUGUGAAGAAGGCAGGGGUGUUGCAACAACCCUCUGGGAGUUCCUGGUCUGUCCCUGCAAGCCACCAGAUGUCACUGGUCCUCCACGGAGCACCUGCCUGCACUAGAGCUUCUACUUAAAGCUGACAGUUCCUGUGCAGAGUGAAAUUGGAGCUGUCUGUUGCUUAGGUAUUGUUGGUUUGUAGUUACGGUUGAUAAUGAUGAGCUGUGGAGCCCUGUCACUUUUGUUUUUUAAAGUUUUGCAAUGUUCAUGUCUGGCAUACAGUUUACUUACACUGUUCGUUAUAGGACUAAAAAUUUAAUUUCUACAUUCUGGCCACAAAUACAAUUUUUUGUUACGAGAUUGUACUCACUAAGAAUCAUGCUGUCAACAUUAAAUAAAUAGCUCUUCAGUACUCUGCUAUCAGAUCA